AUUAUUAGAAAACAAAGCAUACUCUCUCUGCCUAUGAAUGAAGGCACAAGGAAUCCUCCAUCUAUAAAGAACAAGGAAUGUAAGAGCCACCACCCAAGCCGCACUUGCCCAGAAAAGUUUUUCCUCUACUCUCUCUGCUCAAUAAGGAGCACGAAAUGGAGAUUAACAAGCAAGGAAAAGCUGGAACAGCUGAAGAAGAUAAAUGGGUGCAUGAUUCAUCUGUGGAUUACAAAGGAAGUGUUCCUCUUCGAGCUUCGACUGGUGUAUGGAAAGCCUCUCUUUUCAUCAUCACAAUUGAGUUCAGUGAGAGGCUAAGCUACUUUGGAAUAGCUCCAAAUCUGAUUUCAUACCUAACUAAAGUCCUUCAUCAAGACCUCAAAACAGCAGCAAAGAAUGUCAAUUACUGGACUGGAGUCACAACAAUGACACCUCUAAUCGGAGGAUUCCUAGCCGAUGCCUACACCGGCAGAUUCACGAUGGUUCUGAUUUCAUCCCUCAUAUACCUUAUUGGUUUAAGUCUCUUGACAAUGUCUCAAUUCAUCCCAAGUUUGAUACCGUGCAACAGAGGCAUUUGCACCGAACCAAGGAAGAUUCAUGAAGUGGUGUUUUUCCUCGCCUUGUAUUGUAUCUCGCUCGGGACUGGAGGGCACAAGCCAUGCCUUCAGAGUCUCGGAGCUGAUCAAUUCGAUGAUGGUCACUCGGAAGAAAGAAAGAAGAAGAUGUCUUUCUUCAAUUGGUGGAAUUUCGCACUUUGUUGUGGACUCUUGCUUGGAGUGACUGUUAUAGUUUAUGUUCAAGAUAACACAAGUUGGGGAGUUGCAAAUCUUAUACUCACCAUUACGAUGGCAAUCACAAUCCCAACAUUCUACCUUGGGAAACCUUAUUACAGGCACAGAUUAUCACAAGGAAGCCCCUUAAAACCCAUGCUACAGGUAUUGGUUGCAGCUCUAAGGAAGAGAAAACUACCUUAUCCUACAAGUCCGGCGCUGCUAUAUGAAGAACCCGAUUCAACAGCGCCCCAAGCAAGAUUCUUAGGACAUACUAACAGGCUUAGGUGUUUAGACAAAGCAGCGAUGCUCGAAGACAAGGAAAUUUAUAAUAAUCCAUGGAGACUAGCUACCGUGACAAAAGUUGAGGAAUUGAAGCUUGUCCUUAACAUGAUACCUAUUUGGUUGACUUCAUUAAUGUUUGGGAUAUGUCUAUCCCAAGCCUCCACUUUCUUUGUAAAACAAGGGGGUACGAUGAAUAGGAAAAUUGGUGCCAAUUUCAUGAUACCUGCUGCGUCAAUCUACGCUCUUGCUGCUGUAGGAACAAUAAUCUCUGUCAUCACAUAUGACAAAAUUCUUGUUCCAUUCUUGAGAAAAAGUACAGGAAACGAGAGAGGGAUUAGUAUUCUCAAACGGGUCGGAAUUGGUAUGGUAUUUUCAAUACUAUCAAUGGCUGUUGCGGCCUUGGUAGAAAGGGAGAGGGUAAGGAUUGCAGAGAAGGAGAAUCCAGCAGUGAUAGCCAAAAAAGGAUCGUUAUCGAUGAGUGUGUUCUGGUUAGUUCCACAAUACAUGAUAUUAGGAGUAGCAGAUGGGUUCACCCUGGUUGGCUUGCAAGAGUACUUUUAUGACCAAGUUCCAGAUUCAAUGAGAAGCUUGGGUUUGGCUUUCUAUUUGAGUGUGAUUGGAGUUGGGAGUUUUCUGAGCAAUUUCUUGAUAACAAUUGCAGAUCAUGUGACAGGGAAGAGUGGGAAGAGCUGGUUUGGUAAGGACUUGAAUACAAGUCGGCUGGACAAUUUUUACUGGUUGUUGGCCGUACUGACUUUGUUGAAUUUAUGUGCUUUUGUGGUGAUUGCAAGAAGGUAUCAGUAUAAAAAUGUUCAGGGAAGGGGAUGAGUACUUGGAAAUUUAAAGCAAUUUCUAGUACAUGGUCAUCAGUUAUAUUGAACUUAAUUUGAUCUUAUUGACUCGAAGUUGAAAUGGAGAUAGUAGAACAAGUCUCAAGGAUACGUUCAUUUGAAAUUGCUCGAAUUUAAGCGUUGUCCAGAUGCAAAUUUAAAAAUUUUAACAUAUAACUUUCUCAUCAA